AGAUUUAGAGGAGCACACCAACGUGUGGGCCAGGAGGAGGGAAAGGAAAAGCGAGAGGUGUUUCUGCGCGUGUGACGGUGCGCACUCGCUGGGAUGGACGCUUAGCGUUUGCUACUUCCGAUCGACCCGCAAAGCGAAGGGCAGUUUAUAAACCCAAGUCGGUAGAACAGUCCGGGUCCCAAAACAGGGUCGCCCUGCUGGCGUGUUUGCUCGGCCUGGGAUUCUCCCUCGAUUUGGCUCUAGGCCGGCGUUGCGGUUUUCCGCACUCCAACACUUGCUUUGCAAAGCGCGACGCGAUGGGCAGCCCUGGCUUUUCGCGCGCUUCGCGGUUGUUGCUGCUCGUCGGCGCGCUCGCUUGGUUAGCUCCGGCGGCCGCCCACUAUGAGGCGGACGAAGGCGAAGAGCUGAUGCGCGCCUUCGCUUUAGAGGAGGAGAACCUGGCCGAGUUCGCCAGACACCGAAGUUCACCCGCACCUUUCUACCGGAGCAAUAAGGAGUCAUGGCGCUUAUCUGGACAUUAUAUUGUGGUACUCAAGGAAGAAACCCUUAAAUCCCAAAUCCUACAAACCGUCAAGCGUUUGCAAGCCAAAGCAGCCAAGCAUGGCUAUAUGACCAAAAUCCUGCAUAUCUUUGAGGAGCUUAUCCAGGGCUUUGUUGUGAAGAUGAGCAGAGAUGUGCUGCAUAUGGCUUUGAAACUCCCACAUGUGGAUUACAUAGAAGAGGACUCUUACGUGUUUGCUCAAAGCAUUCCUUGGAAUCUUGGCCGGAUUGUCCCAGAACAGGACACGCUGAAUGAGUAUCAUCCCCCCAAUGCUGGUGAACUGGUUGAGGUUUAUCUGUUAGAUACUGGUGUACAGAGCACCCAUCGGGAAAUAGAAGGCAAAAUAUUUGUGACCGAGUUUGAGAAUGUCCCUGAAGAAGACGGCACUCGCUUUCACCGCCAGGCCAGUAAGUGUGACAGCCAUGGGACCCACAUGGCAGGUGUGGUGAAUGGAAGGGAUGCUGGAGUUGCGAAAGGUGCCAAUGUCCGUAGUCUGCGGGUGCUCAACUGCCAAGGAAAAGGCACCAUAAGCGGCACGCUGAUUGGGUUGGAAUUCAUUGCAAAGACUCUGGCUGUCCAGCCCUAUAGUCCCCUGGUUGUCUUGCUCCCCUUGGCCGGAACCUAUAGCCGCAUCCUGAAUACCGCCUCUCGUCAGAUGGUCCAGAUGGGGGUGGUCAUGAUAGCUGCAGCAGGCAACUACAAAGACGAUGCUUGUCUAUACUCUCCAGCAUCAGAACCAGAGGUGAUUACAGUUGGAGCAACCAAUGCCCAAGACCAGCCUGCCUCCAUGGGGACUUUGGGAACCAACUUUGGACGCUGCGUAGAUAUCUUUGCUCCUGGAGAUGAUAUCAUUGGUGCCUCUAGUGACUGCAGCACCUGCUUCACAGCUCAGAGUGGGACAUCGCAAGCAGCUGCCCAUGUCGCAGGUAUUGCAGCCAUGAUCUUGAAUGCCAACCCCGCCCUGUCCAUCUCCGAGCUGAGGCAAAAACUGAUCCACUUUUCUGUCAAAAACCUUAUGAAUGAGGCUUGGUUUCCAGAAGACCAGAGGCUGUUAACGCCAAACAGAGUGGCUGGGCUUCCCUCCAAAAUUGUAGCAGAGGAACAACUGUACUGUCGCUCUGUGUGGUCUUCCUUGUCUGACUCAACUAGUGCAGCAACAGCUGUUGCCCAAUGCAACAGCUACGAAGACAUGUUCAGCUGCUCAAGUUUAUCAAAGGAUGGCAAAUGGCGAGGGGAGCACAUUGAGGAUAAUGGAGGCAAGAAGGAGUGUGUGGCUCUCAACAGAUUUCGAGGCCAAGGUGUCUAUGCCAUAGCUAGGUGUUGCAUUUGGCCCAAGGCUGACUGCCAGGUUAAUAGCCAUUCACAGACCACAGAGGGCACGGCCAUGAAAAGUGUUACCUGCAUCAAAGAUAGCCAUGUUUUGACAGGCUGCAGCACUCAUUCUCUGGAUGGAGAUCUCAGUGGCGGCAUCAAUGCUGUACACCAGGCGGACAGUAGGUGGGCCCACUGUGUAAGCCAAGGAGAAGCAACCGUGCACGCUUUCUGCUGCCAUGCACCCAGCCUUGAGUGCAAAGUUCAGGGACAUCCUCCCCUGGAGUACCCAACAAAGGUGAUGGAGACCUGUGAUGAUGGCUGGACUCUAACCGGAUGUAAUGCCCAGUCACCUAGCUCCAACAGUCUUGGGGCAUAUUCAGUGGACAACACCUGCGUUGUACUCAGCCGUCCAGGAAGCAAAGGAGCAACCGCAGUUGCCAUUUGCUGCAGAAAGAGGCUCUUAGAAGAGGAGAAGCAAAGUUCCAGUAACAACUGACAAUUCUACCUUUUCCUCCCUUCAACUAUCCAAAAGACCCACACAUUUUGACAAUUGCCAUAUAGGGUCACACUGGUAAACACAGUAGUCCCUAGAGCAGAACUCCAAUACAGCUUGGGAUUGCUUGGGAUAACCUUAGCUUAGCACAACUAUUUCAGACGCUGCAGUUGUGCAAAACAUCAUCCCUCUAGCAACGUUCCCAUAGUUAACAUCAAGAAAUGGGUGUCUUUGUUGUCUCGAUAAUAUCAAUUAAGCUGCAUUUGUAAAAUAUCUUUGAUCAAUUAGCUGCAUACAUAAUUUUUCACCAACUUUUUAUUUGCAAUCAGUGACUUCCAGGCUUUUUAGAAUAUCUAUUUUGUUAACCAUCCACUAGUUCAAUGCAUUAUGCUUAUAGCAUAGAAGGCUAGGGGUGGGGGUGGGGCAGAGCAGGCAGAAGGAUGAAGAAGGUAACAGUUUCUGUGUAAUUCUUUAACUUGGUCACAACCUUUCAUUGGUUGAACUAUAACUAGAAACCUCUGUGUACAUAUUAGUGAUGCUUAAAACUGGAGAAAGUGAAAGUAUUAAUACUUUAAAUCUGCCCAGGAUAGCAGAUUAAUUGCAGAGCAUACUAUUAUCAUUAUAUCCUCCUGUUUUUUGAGUAUUUUUAUAUAGUAAGUUGUAUGGUAAUAUUUUGCAGCAAGCAUAGACAAACCAUGGGCUGCAUUUAACCCUUCCUUCUAGAGGCCCUGUGCAAUUAACAGUAUCCUUUGUAGUUAAACAUAAACAUACAAUUUAACUGUUUAAUACUUUUAAAAGAAAAAGGCAUACCUGGGAGAUAUUGUGGGUUCGGUUCCAGAUCAGCAAAUAUUACAAUAAAGUGAGUCACACUAUUUUUUGGUGUGUGUGUGUGGGGUAUUUCCUGAGUGCUUGUAAGUUAUGUUUGCACUCUACUGUAAUUUAUCAAAUGUGUAAAAUAGCACUAUGUCUAAAAAACAAUGUACAUACCUUAAUUAAGGUCCUUUAUUAUUAAUGAGCAAAUGCUGUUGGAAAAAUGGUGGUAACAGAUCUGUUCAAUGCAGGGUUGCCAUAAGCUUUCAAUUUGUUAAAAAAAAAUGCAGUAUGUGCAAAGUUGAAUAAAGCAAAGCGCAAUAAAAUAAGAUAUACCAGUAUUCAAAUACAAGUUGAUAAGAGUUGGAAAAUGUUUCUCCUGCUUCUGCUCACUUCUUGCUAUUCUAUGGUAGUUGCAACUCUCAACCUGAAACAGUGUUGGCCGUUUAGGAUCUAGUUUAUACUAUUUUCUGUCAUCAUUCUCCAGUGCCAUAAUACAAAACUGCUUAACAAUGUGUUGUAGCAAGUCUGAAAUAGGAUUAUAUCAUAUUGCACAGGUGUCAAACUCACUGCGUCACGUGACGUGUCACGACGUAUCGCAACUUUUUUUGCAUUGCUGGAGCUGGGAUGGGCGCAGCCUCUGCAUGAUGCAACCGGCCUGCAGGCCGGCAGUUUAACACUCCUGUCCUAUUGUAUCCUUAUACCAACUUUUAAGAAGCAGAAGUUUCUCCUCUUUUAUUUCACUUUGUUAGUUUCUGUAACCAUGAAUGGAAGAAGCUCUGCAAAAAUCAGAGCAAUCAGUUUUCUCUAAGGAGGCUGGAUCAGUGUGGAUAACUACUAGCCCCCUACAUAUCACUGAAGCAUAACUCUGAGCUCCAUCUUCUUACGAUAAGGAUUUUUAUUCUGAAAAAUACUGGGAACUGUAGCUGAAAAAAGGUUAUCACUGGGCUCCACUGGACCAAUGAAGAAUAGUUUUAUACAAGCAAACCUGAAGCUUUUAAAACACUGAAGACUUAGGGACUUCUGCAUGAGUGGCCUUAAGGCAACUAUGAAACCAAGUAAACGCUGGGUAACCAAACAGUAUAGUUUCCUAAUAAAGUGUUUGGUAGCAACCAUUUAAGUUGGUUUUUCAAAGCAAGCUAUUAAUUUCAUGUAAAACUCUUUCCCACUUACCAAAUGUUUAACUGCCUAUAUAACUGAAUCUUUAAUCGUGUAUGCUCAAUUACUGGGUAAAAAUAUUUUUAACUAAGGGACCAUAUACAUGUUUUCUUAAAUAUUAAGUUUAGUUCAAAGUAAAUAUGUAUUGGAUUGCAGCCUAAGUUGCAUUUCUGUUUUAGAAAGGGCAAAAAGAAUACCGAAUCAUGAAUAAACUGCAUGUGAUUCUUGGUAUGUUAUUUUGAAGUUCAUACUCAAAUUUAUUAUCUACUGUAAUUGCUUGAGAUUUCUUUGUACUGUAGAUUUUACAUUUUUAUCUGAAUCUAUUUAUUCUGUUUUAUAUAACAUUUUAUAAAGCAAUUUCUUUUUGAAAUAAAAGUUUCAUACAAUUUUAAUGUGGCUGCAUUUAUGAAACUGUACUUAAAACCCUCCUCUGCAUUUUUCUACAAUUAUAUUUAAGGAAAGGGGAACAGGAAAAAAAUCUAAUUUUUAUCACAUCUUGUUUUUUUCAUUAGAGAUUCAAGCUCAUAAGCGCUAUCAUUGUAAAAGGUGUGGCAGAACAAAAUACUUUAGGAGGUAUAUAAGUUACCAGAUCAUAUAGAAGAUAGGUAUGAAAAAUAUCCUUAAUACUCUCAAACCUCUUUUGUAUAAAAUACUGAUAUUGUUCUGGUGGCGCAGUGGUUAGAAUGCAGGAUUGCAAGCUAACUUUGCCCACAGCCAGGAGUCUGAUCCUGAUGGGCUCAAGGUUGAUUUAGCCUUCCAUCCUUCCGAAGUUGGUAAAAUGAGGAUCUGGAUUAUUGGGGGCAAUAUGCUGACUUUCACUAUGGGAAGGGAAUAUAAGUCUUAAGUGCUAUUGCUAUUGCCCUAUUAUAUUUCAUAUUUCCUCUAGAUAGGAGAAGACAGAACAUUAAUGUAAUCUUCCUACUAGGAUUCCAAACUAUUUUGCAUCUGGUUUGGAAGGAAAAAAAAAAAAGCCUCAGAGCAGGGCAGCCUUAUGCUAAUGAGUCAUGCAUACAGGACAAAGUAAGAUUCAGAAAAUAACUUUCUCAUAAUUCUAUUUUUGAGUGGUGAUUUUGGAUUCUCAAAUUCUCCAACAUCCAAUUCUAAUUGAACAGGAGCUAGAUAAAUGAACCAGCCAAACAGCAGCUGUUUCCCCCCCCCCCUUUAAUGAUCAUGUAAUUCCUUCCCUCAGGGUGGAGCUGAGUGUUUACUGGCCAGAUGUCCUUCCUGACACCUGGGUAGAGUUUGCAGGAGAUAUUUUCUCUUUGUGCCCAGAGAGAGAAAAAUUGGCUGUUACCUAGGAUCAAACUCACAGCCUCCCGAUUGUGAGGUGAGAGCUCCACCUCUAGGCCACCACACCUCUCUUGUUUUUUAAGUUUAAUAAUCAGCCAUCUUUUUCUUUUUUUGGUGAGAGGGAUAAGCUUUAUUCCAUUGACCGGGGUUUUUUUUUUCCUCAGGGAAACGGCUUCUCCCUUCCAUUUUUCACUCCCUUGGGAACUAGUUAAACACAACUGUACACAAUGAGAAGACACAACAGAAUUGUAAUUGCCCCAGUGCUAGAGAACAUUAUGUAUAAAAUGCAUUUUUCAUCCAAAAGUACUGGCAGUAAAAGAGACUGCAACAUAAAAUGUGUGACAAUUUGCAUGGCAAAUGUUUCUUUUAAAAAAAAGUCUUCAGCCAAUUGAAGUGAUAACAGCUGGAAGCCAAAUAAUUGACCAAAUAUUGUAUUUGAAACCAUAGCCAUUAACUCUCUACAAGUUGGGAGUGAAGCAGAAAACAGUUUGCAAUGGUUUUAGAAAGUAUAGCGGUGGAACAGAUCAUCUUGUGAUUCUGAAAAAAUGCCCUGCUUCAAUUUGGGAUGAGACCCCCUUUUCCAUAGGAAACAAUGCAAAUUUAAAUGAUUUUGGACCAAUGCCUUUCUCUUCAGGUCAGCUCUAUAACUUACUUUCAUUUAAAUUAAAUGGAAGAUAGGGUAACACAGUCAGGAUGGGAUAGGAACAACAUUUAUUCUAAAUUUUAAAACAUUGUAUUAAAAUGUUUGAAGGCUUAAUAAAAUAUCUGAGUUCUGCUAACUUCAUUGAAAGUGUUAUCUUCAGAGAAGACAUUCAACUGAAGCGUCAUUGUUAAGAGUAUUUCUCUGACUCACCCGUAUGGCAGAGAAUUUCAACUGGAAGAUGUGCAGCUAUUUCCAGCAACAGUGAAAUGACCUGUUAUAUUCACAACUAGUGCACAACAGUGAAGUAAUUUGUGUGCCAGUUCAGUUUUUGUAACAGUAAUAAAAAAAAAAAA